AGUUCUAGAAGUCCGUUAGAAGUUGUAAGAAGAAACACAAGAAGAAGUCACUCACUACGUUAUUAAACGUCGAGUCCUACCCAGAAAAAAAUGGUAGAAAGAUGAAAGGGAAUAGUAAUAAGCAGAUAGAAAUCAAGCUAUUGUGUCCUUUGGUAUCAAAGAUGGUAGUACCAAUCAUGGUUUGGGAAGAAGAAAGACUUGAUCUUGGUUCCAUUGCACGCAUUUUUGGGCUUGACCCAUUAACAUUGAAGAUAAAUGGUCACUUUAUAAGUAAAGGGGUUGAUUUUAUUGCUUCUUCUGUUACAUGGAAAUCACUUCUUUCCUUCUUCUCUUCUCGUGGCUUCUCCACUCACCCACUCAUUCUUCAAGGAAAUCUCUCUAAACUUGGGUCCAAAAGAUCACAUAGUCCAACAGUAGUUGAAAAUGGGUUGCUCUGCAAGAAGUAUCUCAAUGAUGAGAGAGAGAAAUGUCACGAGGAAACCAACUCCCUUAGUAACAAGAAAUUCAAGGGAAGCUCUAGAGGUAAUGACAGAUUAUACAACUUUGCUAGUGCAGGAAUGGCAUUGAACCUAAAAAGGAAGCUUUGUUUGGAAGGUUCGGGUCUGUUGAAGAGAUCAAGAACAGCAGAUGAAUAUGAUUCAGGUUUGAGAGAGGAACAAGUGGAUUUCCCCAAAGCUGAUAGACCACUUUUAUGCAGUCUAGCUAGUGAAAAGCUGAAAAGGUUUAGAGAUGAUGAGAUGGUUGUAUCCACCCCGUUCAAGAGGAUACGAUAACUUGGCCAAACACAAACUGUGUUAGUUAGGUAGAUGUAUAUUGAAGUUAUCGUAGCAUUGUACUCACCUGUAAAUACUUGCCAAUCGGUUAAAGUUGUUGCUGACACAAAAGUUUCAAAUUGCAAGAGCAUUUUUUGAGUUUUGUCAAAGUAGAUUAUGGCUUGUUCUA